CAAUCAUGGAGCAGUUUGUGCCUGCUGUGCGCUCUUUAUCAGUCUGCAGGCGGUUAUGUUACGCAGUGGGACAUUUUCUAAACGACCUGUGCGCCUCUAUGUGGUUCACCUAUCUGCUGGUCUACCUGCACUCAGUGCUCGGCUUUCAAAGCACCUAUGCAGGUGUGAUGCUCCUGAUUGGUCAAAUAGCGGAUGGAGUCUGUACACCUCUGGUUGGAUAUGAAUCUGACAGAACAGCGGGCAUCUGCGGCAAGAGAAAGACCUGGCAUCUACUGGGCACUGUGUGCGUCCUGGUGUCUUUCUCCUUCAUCUUCAACCCCUGCCUGGCCUGUGAGGACAGCACCGCUCAGUGGGCUCAGCUCGUGUACUUCUCCCCCUUCAUCGUCCUCUUCCAGUUCGGCUGGGCCGCCGCUCAGAUCUCGCACCUGUCCCUGAUCCCGGAGCUAGUGUCCCGCGAGAGCGACAAGGUGGAGCUCACUGCGUACAGGUAUGCCUUCGGUGUGGUGGCCAACAUCACAGUGUACACUGUGGCCUGGCUGCUCUUUCACUUCCAGGCUCAACACGGUGUGGACCCCUCCAUCACAGACAACCUGGGCCCUGUGGACAUCCCUCUGUUCAGGACACUGGCCCUCAUUAUAGUGGGUACUGGCGCUGUAUUCUCCCUGAUAUUCCAUGUCGGCACAAAAGAGGAUGCGUCUGCUUCAGGGAAGGGCGAUCAGCUGAUCACACCUUCCCCCUCACAGGAAGCAUUGCCUCGUCCUGUAUUUCAGUGGAAGCAUUGGCUGAAGGAGCCCUCUUUCUACCAGGUGGCUUUCCUAUACAUGUGCACCAGACUAAUAGUCAACUUAUCUCAGACCUACAUCUCAGUUUAUCUCACCAACUCACUGAUGUUACCAAAGAACUUCAUUGCCAUCAUACCUCUGGUGAUGUAUGUCAGCGGCUUUGUUUGCUCUCUGGCUAUGUAACCAGUCAGUAAGCUCAUAGGAAUAAGUCUUACGUAUUUGAUUGGCCUGUUGAUGGUGUUUGGCUUUGCCACUUGGGUGUUUGUGGACAAGAACAUGGGAGGUCAGGUCAUCUAUGGAGCAGCCGUGUUCCUGGGAGCCGGUUCAGCUACAAUCCUGGUCAUGUCUUUGUCCAUGACAGCCACACUCAUCGGGGAGCAGACGCAAAGUGGAGCCUUUGUUUAUGGAUCGAUGAGCUUCACAGACAAAGUGGCUAAUGGCCUGGGGGUCAUCCUCAUCCAGAGUAUCAGACCAUGCAGCACAGAUGCCUGCUGCCCAGACUGUGUUUGGUUUUAUCGUGACGUCAUGGUGACAGUAACCGGGGGCGUGGCCGUGGCUGCAGCACUUUGCCUGUUCACAAUUUUAAUCUGGCCAAUCCGGAUACGGAGAAAUUAGGGUUCAGAAUAUACACACUCUACACUACAUUCAUUGUCUGUGCCUGUGCACACACACAUGGAAAAAAACACUCAUGCAGAGAUUCUAUAACCUUUUCUGUUUAAAUCCAGUGUCACUAUUUCAGAUAGACAGACAGCACAAUCGACUUUUGUUACAAGACAAGAGAAAUAGUGCAGAGGGUAAAGCCACGCUACCACCUAGUGUAUGAAUUUGUAACUAAAACUGAGAAUUACAGUAAAAGAUCCACAUGACAGGUGAAGUUUGUGACCAGAAGAUCUUUAAUUGGGUUCAGAUGUCUAGAUCAAAUGUAGAAAUUGAAAUCACAAUCACACAAGUAUUUCAUAUAAAUGUCUACAAGUUUAAAUCGAGGUCAGCUCGUAUUGCUUCAGAUGUCACCCUUAACUCAGCACUUCUAGAUCUACAGUACCAUGACCUGGAUGACUCACAGCCUUCACUGACAUUUCACAUAGAUGUAAAUGAGAUGCAUGUUUGUAAUAAAAUGUGAUCCGACCUCCGCCUUGGCUUUUUACUGUGAAUGAAGCCAAAUGUUUUCGUUGACCGGGCAGUGAUUGUGGCGCUGUUCCAAAGAAGUGAACUGGGUGAACUUGACUCCUCUUGUUAGAGUUAUUGUGUGCAUGACUCAGAGCAUGACCGCUAAUACCUUCCUGACCAUUAUUAUUUGUACCACUUGCUUUGAACGUGCGUACAGUAGGAGAAAAAUAACUAAGCAUUUGGUUGGGAAAUGAAAAAUAUAUAUUGUAUGUGUAUUGAUUUCUUUAUCAUGUUAAAUUCUUUUAACAUUUAAAAUCACUGAAUGUUCUGUUUUUGUUGUCACUGUUUUUGUUUCUGUUCUUUAAAGAGAAAAACUGUCAAAGACAUCAAAAUCCAGAAAAUAGAUUUAAAUUCUUCUUCUAAUGCAAAUUUAAAAACAAAUGAUUUGAGUCCUGUGUUCUUUACAGGGGACGUUGUGUUGCUUUAGUUAUAGGCCAGAGUUUGUAUUUCACGCUUUUACCUUUGUCCAUCUGUCAAAGAAAACAGGUUUGUUUAGACAAAGACAAUCCUUGUCGUUGAGUACCCGGUUAUUUUGUCUCUUAAAGAAGGAUGCCCUUCUGGAGGAACUAUAUUUAUACACUGAAACAAACAAAAGACAAUGAAACUUUGUUGUUGAAUGGAGAUGACAGA